AUGUAUAUGGAAGAACACGAAUCUCAGAGGAAACCUAUCAGUAAGCCAACAAGUAAUGGAUGUUUAAAGCUCUUUGGUUUCAACGUAUCAGAGGACGACGAGGUAGACUCAACAAAAACAGCAUCAGGGUCGUCGGAUUCCGGCACUUUUCCGGCCACCGACGGCCGGAAAUACGAGUGCCAAUACUGUUGCCGAGAAUUCGCCAACUCACAAGCACUUGGUGGCCACCAAAACGCUCACAAGAAAGAAAGACAACAACUGAAACGUGCCCAAAUGCAAGCUAGCCGAAACGCCGCCGUUUCAUAUAUGAGGAACCCUAUAGUCUCCGCCUUCACACCACCGCCGCAUCUCCUAGCCCAGGCCGGCUCUAUGAUGAUCCCUGCGGCAACGCAACCGUCUCCGUCGUGGGUUUACGUACCACGCGGCGCUCCGCCCUUCCACGUGUCACAUGGAUGUGUAUUUUCCCCAUCAACGUCCAGUAUGGGUGGUGGUGGGAGGGGUGUAGGAAAUUUAUCUUAUGCUGGCAGUGUAGGAGAGUCUAGCCUGACGACGGCUAGGCCUCAACAGGUCAAGGCCCAUCAUGAUGAUGAGGCCUCCUUAAGUAGGUUCUCCAGAGGGGAUGGUGGGCCCACUUUUGAUGAUGCAUUUGGGCUGGACUUGCAUCUUAGCUUGGCUCCAGCCGCGCCGUGA